AUGGCACCUGAGAAACGGUCACAGUCAAAAAUGCUGGUUCUUUCGAUAGACUCAGCAACGAAAGAGUUGAAAACAGGAAGCUUCAGAGCUUCAAAGGCAUGCGAUUUUUGCAGAUUGAAGAAGAAAAAGUGUGAUGGUCAACAGCCGUGUUCUCUUUGCCAAGCGUUUGGAAAUAAGCACUGUGUAUACCAAGAUAGAAGGAGUCCCCGUCAGGUGCGUCGGAAAACGCAGGAAUCUCCGUUACCUAGACGAGUGUUGCAGGAUUUACCUGAUAGAGAUGUGGCGAUCCAACUGAUUCACAAGACUUGGGAUAAUGUCUGUGUCCUGUUCAGGUUCCUAUAUCGGCCAUCUGUUAUUGAAGACUUGAUUUCGCUGUACGAUGCAAAGGAUACGACUCAUUUUACUGAGCGACAGCUUAAAUCGCUGCCCCUGAUUUACUCGGUGAUAGCAGUGGGUGCUCUGUUCGGGAAGGAAGACUGUGAAAAGAGUGAUGUGGUCGCUCGAGAUCUUUAUAGGGAAGCGGGUUACAAAUAUUUUGAGAUGGCAAAGUCGUUAAUUGACGUUACCAACGUGCGGGACAUCUAUUCAAUUCAGACUAUGUUCAUGUUGACCAUGUUUUUACAGUGUUCUGCAAACUUGAACACUUGUUAUUCCUACAUCGGGAUUGCCCUGCGGGCAGCCAUUAUUGAAGGUCUUCAUAAAAGGACUUCGUCGGUUGGACCGACCGUGAUAGAAGACGAAACCAAGAAGAGAUUGUUUUGGAGUGUCUACAAGGUUGAUUUGUACAUGAGCUGCAUCCUAGGUCUUCCUAGAGCUCUUGCCGAAGCUGCGGUCAACCAGGAGCUGCCUUGCGAUGUUGAUGACGAGAAAAUCACCCGUGAUGGAAUUCUGGAGCAGGAAUGGGGAAAAAUCAGUAGUUGCGGCAUGAACAACCAACACACAAAGCUCAUGUUAAUCAUGGCAAGGAUCCAUGAAAGCCUCUAUCCGGUCUUGACGUGGGACCAGGCUACCUACAUCAAUAUACUUACGUUGGAAGAGCAGCUGGAGAAAUGGUUCCAAGAGCUACCCUAUCAGCUUAAACCUGACUCCUCAUUCUUCAACGAUGACGAAAGAGCAUAUUAUUUAAAACCGGCCAAGCUUCUGUAUUUGGAUUAUCUGUUGGCGAAGAUUAUUCUUUAUAAGCCAUUUAUCCACUAUCUGGCGAUCACUUCACCUCUCUUCGAUUUUCAAAUUUCAAUGGCUAACAAAUGCAUUCAAGUGGCCCACAAAGUUAUUUGCCUUUCCGAUGAAAUGUUGAAAAACGAUCUUCUCAGUGCUAGCUAUUGGUUUUCAAUCCACACCAUCUUUUUCAGCGUUACAUGUUUAAUGUUUUAUCAGCAUCAAAUUAACCUUGGUUUAAUAUCUGAAAAACAUAUAGAUGUUGAAAAGGACUGUGAAUUGGGUAUCAACAUACUGCUAAAGCUGAAGAACUCCUCGCCUGUAGGAGAAAAGUCUUUUAGUGUUUUGAACUCUAUUUUCAAGGAGUUUAACAAGAAAACUAUGGAACUCUAUUCCCAAGUCAAUGAAAGCGUAACGCAAUUAAUGAAAGACCCAACGAGCGGGGCAUCUGUUGAAAUGAGUGUCGAAUUUUUUGGGCAAUCUGAACAAGACCAGAUAUUGGACCAACUGCUGCAGGAUUUUGAUAUUCCGAUUAGUAACAUCUUGCCAGAUUUCCAAAUGACGUCGUUUUUCCCUACAAGUCUAUCAGAGCGAGCAGCCGAGAAAUGA